AUGAAAUUGGGGUGUCCACUUCUCGUGAUGUUAUCAUGCUAUAUUCUAUGUUGUAGCCUUCUGAUGAGCCAUUGCCAUGGCAUUGCAGAGACAUCAAAAAGUUUUGAAGAUUUCGAAAUAGAGAAAAAGCUUAAGCUUAUCAACAAACCUGCUGUUAAAAUCAUAAAGUCAAUUUCGGGUGAACGGUAUGGGUGUGUGGAUUUCUACAAACAACCAGGACUUGAUCACUCAUCUAUGAAGAACCAUACAUUUACCUAUAAGAUGUGUUUGAUGUCAUACCCUGAAGGCUCAAAAAUGAAAAGAAAAACACAUACAAGUAACAAAACAUUUGGUCACUUAUGGGAAAAUGGUAUAGGCUGUCCUGUUGGUACAGUUCCUAUACUUCGAGUCACCAAAAAUGCUCUGUUGAAACUAAAAUCCUUCAUUGCCAACAAUUCUAAUCCGCAAAGUUCAUGGAGCAAAACCUAUGAACCUGCGUCUUCUAACGAUGGUCAUCAUUUUGCUGUGAUCCGGACUAAAGGUAAACCAAAACGUUAUACUGGAGCGUCUAUGAAUGUUGCAACAUACACUCCUUUGGUUGGACCUAUGCAAUUCAGUGAUGCUCGAAUGCACUUUCAAAUCGGCAAUGAGUUCAUGCAAGUUGGUUGGACUGUAAACCCGCAAUUGUACCAUGACUUCAACUCUCGGCUAUUCGUAUUCACGAGCUCGGGUGGACGUGGGUGUUAUCAUCUCCUUUGUCCGAAUGGAUUUGGAAUGAUAUUAGUCCGUCAAGAUUUUACUCCCGGUCUACUUGCUGGGCAAGGAGACAUUGAUUUUGCCAUAAUCAAGGAUCAAAUCAACGGGAACUGGUGGCUGAUGAUGGGCAGCUCCUGGGAAGAAAUUGGGUUCUGGCCAUCAAACAGGUUCAAAGAAAGUUAUGGUACAUCAAUAGAAUGGGGUGGUGAAGUCUAUAGCCCUUCACUUCCAAGUCCACCAAUGGGGAAUGGUCAUUAUCCGAAGGGAAGUCCCAAAGUAGACUCAUAUAUCCGCCUGAUCACGACCGUGGAUGAAAACUAUAAAACCGACAAAUCUGUAGAAAAUACAGAGAGGUAUUCAGAUCAUUGUUAUAAAGUGACUGAUACUCUAGAGUCGUUUUGGACACAUACAGGUCAUCUUAUUCUUUAUGGAGGACCCGGGUGCAAAUAGACUUCGAUUGUGCUCAUCCUUAUUUCGAAACUGUAAUAACUUAAAUUGGUCGAAAUAAAUCAAUAAAUCCAUUGCUUCCAA